GCCCGGGGAAGGAUCCCGCGGGCCAUGGACCCGCCUCCCGGGGCCGGGCCGGCCUCCCUGCGCUUGGCAGCCGCUGCCAGCUGGCAGGUUGUACGCCGACGCUGUGUGGAGCAUUUUCCGCGAGUCCUGGAGUUUCUGCACUCGCUUCGCGCUGCCGCUCCGGGCUUGGUUCUCUACCGGCAUCAUGAACGCCUGUGUCUGGGACUAAAGGCCAAGAUGGUGGUGGAGCUGAUCCUGCAGGGCCGGCCUUGGGCCCACGUCCUGAACGUCCUGAAUCACCACUUUGCACAGUCUGGACCUAGAGUGCGGGACCCUAAAGCUACAAAACAAGAUCUGAGAAAGAUUUCGGAGGCACAAGAAACUUUUUGCCAGCAGGUGAAACAGCUCUCAGAGGACUCCGUGGAUUUGGCCUCCAACCUGCAGGUGAGACUGGCUAAUUGGAAGCUGUUUUAUGACUCAAUUUUCCGUAAUCCUGUUUUUGCAUGCCUCUUUCUCCCUCUGCAGGAACUUGAACAAGAGUAUGGAGAACCUUUUCUUGCUGCCAUGGAAAAGCUGUUUUUCGAAUACCUGUGUCAGUUAGAAAAAGCACUGCCUACAUUGCAGGCAGAGAAGCUCCAAGAUGUGCUGAAUUGGUUGCAGCCUGGAAUUUCUGUGACCUCUUCUCUUACCCUGAGGCAGUAUGGUAUGGACAUGGAGUGGCCACUUCCAGAAAACUCUGACUCAGUGAAGCUGACAGAGUCUGUGAAACAGACUCCUCCUCCACAUCCCAAAGGAGUCCUCUACAGUCCUCUGCCAAAAGCUAGGCCUAGCCCCCGAGGACCAGCCUCAAGAAAGCAUCCAGAACUCUUAUCAGGCCACCACUUCAAUCUGGCCCCUCUAGGCCAGCGAAGAACCCACUCCCAAUGGACAUCUGCAAAGGGAGGGCACAAAGAGCGCCCCACGGUCAUGUUGUUCCCCUUUAGGAAUCUGAGCUCAUCAACCCAGGUUACAUCGAAGUCUGAAAGCAGAGAAGAACAAGGGAUACACACUGGAAACACAGCAGAUUCUGGGGGCACACGAGCAGCCUCCACUGGGAAGUCUAAGAAUCCAUCUCAGAGCCUAGGGGGAAAGGCUUUGGAGGAGAACUCAUCAGACUUGUCUGCUGCAGAACAAAAGGCGAAUUCCUUGGAUUGCUACAUGGAUCCCCUGAGACUGUCAUUAUCACCUCCUAGGGCCAAGAAACGAGUGUGCUCUCCAUCUCUGUGCAGCUCAGUCAUUACCAUAGGGGAUUUGGUUCUGGACUCUGAUGAGGAAGGAAAUAGUCAAAGAGAAGGAAAGCACAUAUCUACAAGGUGAUAAGGACAUGCUGUUGGUAAAGUGGAGAUAGUGGGACAAGUAGUGGCCAACCAUGAAGAGAAUAUGGAGUCAGUGAUUCACUUAAUCCUCCCUCUUAAGGUAACAAAGUAUUAAUAUGUUUCUGGUCUUUUCUGGCUCAUUUGUAAGCAGUAAUUCAGUAUGUUUAGAUUCCCACAAAAGAUAAGUAGCCAAAGAGCUAUCACAUCCUUGCUCCAUUCUCACUGGAUGAAAGAACAAGUGUUCAUGUUGGGUGAUAGAUAUAUGUCAAAAGUAUACAAAAGUAUUUUGCAUACAUAAUUUUUACAAGUUUUUUGUAUGCAAAUGUAUCCAAAAGUACAAAAUUUCAUCCAACCAAGCUGAAAGAUAAUGAUGACUUGGCAGGCUCAUAAUCCAACUGCACAACUUGCAAGCAAUAUUGCAAUACUUGAAAAAGGUAUUUAAAAGCCACUCUGAAUGUUUAUGUUAUUCUAAGGUGCAAACAUGCAAACAUGAGAUAGCAGUUGGCUGAGACAACACAAAUCUUUUGGCUGACAAAAAACCCAGUCAAGUAUCUGUAGCAACUAGACACUUACUCAGUUUAUCAUCAACACUGUAGCUAAAACUGGUACUAAAUUCUGCUUUCUUAAUAACAUUCUACUGUGAAGAUGUUGAUAAAGGAAGUUGCUCUAGGACGUCAACAGAACU